AUGUCAAAAGUGUCUUUUGAGGGUAUAAUCACUGAAGAUGACAAAAGGCCACAUUGGGAAAAUAAAACCCAAUACCUUUUAAGCUGCAUUGGAUUUGCUGUAGGCUUUGGAAAUGUAUGGCGUUUUCCCUAUUUGUGCCAUAUUUAUGGCGGAGGCUAUGCUUGCAUGAUGAUAUCAUUCAUAGUAGGCACGUAUUAUAAUACGAUUAUUGCCUGGGUGUUGUGGUACCUGGGAAACUCUUUCAAAGAACCCUUGCCUUGGAGCAUCUGCCUGAAUGAGGCCAGCAAAAUGGACCUCAUCAAAGAAUGUGAUCAUAGCUCUGAAUCCAAUUACUUUUGGUACAGGUACACACUGAACAUCAGCACGGACAUCACACAGACUGGCCCUGUUCUUUGGUGGUUGGUUGUAUCUUUGGCCAGUUCCUGGAUCAUUGUGUACCUCUGUACAGUUCAAGGAAUUGAAUCAACUGGAAAGGCAAUUUAUAUUUCAAUCUCUUUUCUAUAUGUAACUUUAACUGCAUUCCUUAUUUAUGCACUGACUCUCCCAGGAGCUAUUCAAGGGCUAUUUUAUCUCUUCACUCCUGAUGCAAGUAUAAUAUGCUUUGCCUCCGUUUUGUUGGGUCUCCUUUUUACUACACGAUCAGGAAGCUACUGGAUUGAAGUGUUUGAUAACUAUGGAGGAAGCAUACCAUUGCUGAUCAUUUCUUUAUUUGAACUGUACGGCGUUGUAUAUGUUUAUGGACUGAAAAGGUUCUGUGAUAACAUGGAAUGGAUGACUGGAAGGCCAGUACAUUUCUACUGGAAAGCAUCCUGGCAGUUUAUCAGCCCUCUGCUAAUGCUUUCAAUCCUUUUGAGCUAUCUAGCUGUUCAGCGGCCAUCAACCUACACUGCAUGGAAUCCAAGCCAUGAAGGGUUUCCUUUGAAAGAGUCCAAAUUUUAUCCACACUCGGUUUUAUUCAUUGGUGCCUUGCUUGUGGUCCUACCAUGCAUAUUGAUUCCAACUGGAGCUAUUUACCAUUUUAAAGAAGUAUUGCUGAAAAGGAAGAAGAAACAAGUCCUUCAUCGAUGUGAAAGCACCGAAGGUAACUGAUGCUCUGGGAUUCUA